AUGAAGUGGUGCUGUAGAGGACACUGCGUCCUCCUCCACCUCCCUGAGAUCAGUACCCCUCCUGUCCACCAAUGUUGGCGUUUGCUGCUCCAAUACUUCCUGUUUUUUGGAGCAUUCGACUCCAAAAUCAAGAAAUCAAUCAAAGAAAUUGAAUGCUACUUUGAAACACAGAAACACAACAGCAAAUGUACUACAGUAUCAAGGAAAACAUGCUUCCACUGAACACCAGGGGGCAGCAAAGACACCGAGCAGGAGCACAACAAGGAAGCGGAGCGAUGAUGAUGAAGAAGAAGGGGGGAAACAUUGUGACACAGCAAAGGUUCUAUGUACCAGCUGAGGACCUCUGAGGAAGAAGAAUACAGCAAGGAAAUCUCCAAUCUCAGGCAGGCGGUGUUACAAAACAAUGACAUACUCCUCGACAAUAUGCUCUGCCAGGAGAUUUACAAGAAAGUCAUCAACUGCAGAGGGGGCUGGGGCAUCGCAGGCACUCCUCUCCAUGCCGCCGUGUCUAAAGGACACCUCAGCUGCCUGCAGGUUCUGCUGGCCCACGGCGCUUUUGUAGACACUGUAGACGUCAAAGCCCAAACGCCUCUUUUCAACGCAGUUCGCGGAAGAUACCUGGACUGUGUCCUCGCCCUCCUCGGAGCUGGCGCCAACCCCAACGGAAGCAGGUCCAACAACAGCUCCCCGGUCCUCACCGCUGCCAGGGAGGGCGACGUGGAGAUCCUCAGGCAGCUGCUGGUUCAUGGCGCCGAUGCCAACUCUCGUUCUAAGGUUCUGGUGUGGCCCUCGUACGUCAGGGUGACCAGCGGGCCGCUCUACCUGUCUGCGGUUUACGGACACAUGGAGUGCUUUAGGCUGCUGCUCCUCCACGGCGCCGACCCCGAUUACAACUGCACGGACGCGACCUUCCACAGUCUCGCCAAGCCGCCCAGAACGGUGCUGGAGAUGUGCCUCAGGUACGGCUGCGGCGUGGAGUACAUCCAGCUGCUGAUCGACUUCGGCGCGAAUGUCUAUCUCCCUACGCUGAUCAUCGAGAAGUCCACGAAGCAGAACGAAGCAGUGGAGCUGCUCCUGAGUGAGAGAGGAAAUCCCAAAGCCUUGAUCUCACAGUGCCGACUCGCUGUGCGAAGACACCUGAAAGGCAUCAACAAGAUCCACUGCAUCGACGAGCUGGACAUGCCGACCAGUCUGAAGCACUUCCUGCAGCAUAAAACAGUCCCUGUCCAUUUUCAGUAAAAAAAAAAGAAAAAAAAAAGUGUGCGUUAUUUUAUCAUGUCUUCAUUUCAGUUCAGCAGCAGGUCUUUGUAUAACGCAUUUUAAAACCGCUUCCGUCUCUUCAUGGGCUGCUCUGUUCAGAGUGUUCAGUUGGAAGGUUAAAUCUUUUUUUCUAUUUCUUAAAGAUGUGGCUGCUUAGACGUUGGUGACUCGGGUUUUGUACAGGUGUAUCUCAAUAAACGAGAAUACGAUUGGAGAGAUUA